AUGCGUUUGUUGUUAGAGGCUGUUGACAGAACACUUUCGGCGCUCGAAGGAGUAGGUGUACCAGCAGCCGAAAAUCGCCUCAUCGUGGCGCAUUGGCAUCUUGCAAUAGCGCUGACUAUCGCACGGGACACGGACUGGGAUGAUAAUAGCCGGUCCUUGCUUGAUUGUCGUCUGGAGAUACCGGAAAAUGCACCAGAAGAGGACAGGAAAAUCCUGGAGACAUAUAAUCAUAAAUAUAUCUGCUUCAGCGAGCUGCAGAAACGUGUCCUGGAGGACAAACUCCCUUCACCCUCUAUGUUUGGCAAGGCAGGCCCAGAAGGCUGGCGCAAGACGCAAUACACAGAUGUCCGUAUUCUAUGCCUUCGUCCUCCUGCAGCCAAGGGCCUUCCAUUGCGCAUGCUGCACAAUGUUUUCCGCCAGUUUACGCUAAACCUUCACAAGCCGCUUCCCAAGGGAUCGGCCACUGCAGACUCUGCUACUCGCGUCGCUGCGACUUUGUGCGCAGAGAUGGGAAAGGCAUUUGAUAACGAAACCCAACGCUCAGAGACAUUCGACACAUGUUUCUUCCCGCUGUUUUCGGAUGGGGAUAGGUGGAAAUCCGAACAUUUGGUGAAAGCGAAGAUAGAUUCCCAUCAUGGCAAGGUGAAUCGUGCAUUGUUCCUGCUGAAUGAGACAAAGUCAUUGUUGAAAGAGGGAAAGCCACACUCGCCUACCUCACUCCCUGCGUCCACUCCUCGUAUUUAUACAUCAUGCACAUUAUAUGAAGGCAGAGGCACGCAAGGCAGUCUCACCUUCACGGAAAACAUUUCUGGUCAGAAGGACAAUCGACUUCUAUUUGCUGCCUCACUGUCUUCAUCGAAGCAUUCUGCAUUACCGGUACUCGUGAAGUUGGUCAAUGAACCCUAUGGUGAGGACGUGCACCGUCUGCUGGCACGCCACCACUUUGCGCCUUCCCUCUACGGUUAUGCACGCUAUGAGGGAGCUCCGUGUGCGUAUAUUAUGGAGUAUCUUCAAUCACCGACUUGGACCACCUUGUACAACUUUUCGCGCGGCAAUGCCUCCAACAACAACGACAAGAGGGCCAUUCGGAGAUCGUUACAACAUCUAGUGGGGAUAUUGGAGGACAAUCAAGUCGUGCACGGUGAUCUAAGGCCUGUUAACAUCAUGCUGCAAGUCGAUGAUGAGCGCAAGCUAGUCAGAUCGAAGGGCCGUAAGAGUACUGCGAAGAUCAGGGUGGUCGACUUCGAUUGGGCGGGGAAAGCUGGGGAGGUGCUCUAUCCUGUGCUGCGUAAUCAGGACAUCGAUUGGCCUGGUAACUCUGGUGGACCAAUCGAGGGCGGGCAGGACCGUCAACUGGUUAAGUCGUGGUUUUACGAAGCCUUUUCCCUUCCCUUCGACACCGUACCGCCCAAGAACGCCGAUCUCGAAGAUAGACGCCAUACCUGAACAAAGUCCUUUCUAUUACAGCUACCUUUGUAGGCACUCCGUUAAUCCUUUUUAUCGAUUAUUUGCACACUUGACGGCAGCUUGCUAUACUGAGAGGUUAUUGAGUGAAA